GCUCGACACGGACUCGUCGUGUUUACUUGGCUCUUUGUUCCUCCCCCCUCCCCCGGCACACACUCACACUCAAUCGCACACGCACCCUGGCCUGCAAACUUGCACGGCUGGGGCGCGCCGCCGGGUGGCCUCGGCCCCCGCCCCGCCCCGCGAGCUGCCCCGAUGAGGCGGCAGCCACAGAACGGCGACCUCAAGAAGCAGCUACACGAAAGGCAGCCGCGGAUCGCAGCGCUCAGCGACAAACAAGCUUUGGGAGCCAUCACUGCAGUGCCUGUCACGGGUCCUCAGGUCAGCUCCUUGCAGAGGUUGGCCGGGCAAGGAGCGGCAGUGCUACCUCAGGUUAGGCCAAAGACUCUGAUUCCAGAUAGCCUCCCCAUCACCCCAGGCAGGGACCGGCCGCCCAAGCAGCCCCCAGCAUUCCAGAAGGCCACAGUGGUCAGCAUCAAGAACCCCAGUCCAGCCCUCCCCACUGCCAACAACACUGUCAGCCAUGUGCCAACGCCCGGCAGCCAGCCCCAGGCUCUCGCCGAGCCCACCGCCAUCACCUCACCCCUGAGCAGUGCUGGGGUGGCCUAUGCCAUCAUCUCCACCUCCUCCAGCAAUGCCACCGCCAUCACCCCCAGCACCACCGUGCCCGUGGUCAAUGACAGCAUCAAAGUCCAGCCCCUCCUCAUCAGUGCCGACAGCAAGGUCAUCAUCCUUCAGCCUCAAGUGCAGACACAGCCUGAAAAUUCAGCAGAGCCACGGCCACCCUCAGAGGAGCUAUCUCAGGGAGCUCAGGCCACCAAAAAGAAGAAGGAAGAUCAGCCUGCGAGCCAGGAGAACCCCGAGAAAAUUGCCUUCAUGGUAGCACUAGGCCUGGUCACCACGGAACACCUGGAAGAAAUCCAGAGCAAGCGCCAGGAGCGGAAGAGAAGGAGCACAGCCAACCCUGCUUACAGCGGCCUCCUGGAGACUGAGAGGAAGCGGCUGGCCUCCAGCUAUCUCAACAAUCCUCUGUUCCUCACAGCCCGAGCCAAUGAGGACCCCUGCUGGAAGAGUGAGAUCACCCAUGAUGAGCACUGUGCAGCGUGCAAGCGAGGGGCCAACCUGCAGCCCUGUGGUGCCUGCCCGGGGGCCUACCACCUCAGCUGCCUGCAGCCCCCCCUAAAGACAGCACCCAAGGGCAUGUGGCUAUGUCCCAAGUGCCAGCAGAAGGCCUUAAAGAAAGAUGAGGGUGUGCCCUGGACUGGGAUGCUGGCCAUUGUGCAUUCCUACGUCACCCACAAGACAGUCAAAGAAGAGGAGAAGCAGAAGCUGCUGCAGCGUGGCAGCGAGCUGCAGAACGAGCACCAGCAGCUGGAGGAGCGGGACCGACAGCUAGCCUCGGCAGUGAAGAAAUGCCUAGAGCUUAAGACAAGCCUGCUGGCCCGCCAGAGGGGCACCCAGUCAUCGCUGGACCGUCUCCGGGGUCUCCUGAGACUGAUCCAGGGCGAGCAGAUGCUCCAGGUUGCCAUGACGACCACCAGCCCCACCCAGCUGUUGGCUGGGCCCUGGACCAAGCCCUCAACUGCCACCACCAUGCGCCCCGCUCUCCAGCACCCCCAGGGCCAUAACUGACCCCAGGGACCUGUCUUCCUGCCCACGGAAAGUUUCUGGGGCCCUGUCCACACAACCUGGGGGUUCUGUUGGCCUUAAAUUCAUAAACACUAUGAAUUUCAGACAAAAAUAAAACCAGACAGAGGAGACGGAGGAGAAAAAGGGAGAAGGAGCAAAGGGAGCAACCCAGGGCCAGGACUGGGUGGAUGUGGAGUCCUGUACCCU